AUGUUUGUACUUGAGUUAGAUAAAAAUGCCAUUUCUUCUGAAUUUAUAUUUCGACACGAGGAAAAUAUAAAACUAUUAAAUAAUCUUCAAAAAGAAUUAAUUAGUAAAAAAAAUAAAUAUGAAGUUACAAAUGAAUUGUUAAAUAACAUUGAAAAGCAUACUAAUACAAACACGGACAUCUUAUUUGUAAAUUCGGAACCCGAGUCAAAUGAGGUACUCCAGUUAAAAGAACUAUUAAAUAGUUUAGUUUUAAAUCUUUCAAAGUUAUGUAAGAAUUUACAAACUCAAAAAGAUGAAGAUUUACUAAAUUUAGCUAAAAAUGCACAAGAUGGAAUAUCAAAAGAAAUAUCCGCAUUAGAAGUUUUAUCAAUACCACAAGAUUUGCUUUAA